UGCUGGUGCUGGUGCUGGUGUUCAAGUUAGGGGUGGGGAGACCUCCACGUCGCAGAGACUCGAAAGAGAGAGAGACGGUGUAGGCGCGCUCGACCGAGCUAGUCUCUCAGUGUCGUUCCAGCCGUGGCUUCGUACGGUCGUAGAACGAGACUCGUGUCGAGAUAUCUCUGUCCACGUUCUCGAACUCUUUCGAGUAUUUUCGCGAUCGGUGGACGAUAUAUAAACGCGCACGCAUCCCAUACACACUUUCUCUAUAUUUCUCUCUAUUGUCUCUGUUUUUGUCUCUCUUCCUAUCUCUCUUUUCUUUCUUUCGUAUUUCAUCGAUUUCUUUCUACACUCAUUGAAGAUCAUUCCGAUCGGAGUGAUCGAGUAUAUAUUAUCGGGGACACAUGCAUCAUGGGCUAGAUCGAGUACACUUGGCUUGUGGAGAUGCCGAGAGGAAAGACGCGUUCGAAGAAACUGGGUCAGUGGUGUUGAGUGUUCUGUGAUCGUUUAUUCCUCCGGUGAUCGAAAGAGAAAAAUAUAUAAGGAAAAGAAAUAAAAAAAAAAGGGGGGGGGGAUCGAGAUUCUUUUAUUUCUUUGUUUUCUUUUCUUUUUUUUUUUUUUUCUUUGUUUUUAAGAAGACGUGAAUCCGAUGUGUCCGAUCCUGAGCUAAUAUCCUUGAGGAAUUGGUGAAUAAGGGUGAUAAGGUUCGAUAAGUAGUCUAUUAUUGUAAGAUGAGCCCGGGCUCUCAGGGCACCCUGGAGGUGGAGCGUUACAUCGGUAGCUGUUUGAUAUCGUCGAACGUUCGAAACGGAACGCACAAGGCGAUCCUUGGAAAGAAACAGGAUCAAAACAAUCUGCGUGGGAAAAAUACUAAAGCCUGUUACGGUGGACAGAAUUACGCUAGUGGCGGCGAGCAAUGCUCAAUGCAAUACGGCACGGUUUCCGGUGGUUGGGCAGGUGCUCCACUCAUUUCGAUGACGUCCAGUCCUCGUAGAUGUAAUCAAGGUUUGUCACCUUCGUUGGGACAACAACAGCAACAGCAUCAACAAUCGUCCCAGCAACAGCAAUCGCAAGCUUGCGAGCAACAACAACAACAACAACAGCAGCAGCAGCAGCAGCAGCAGCAGCAGCAGCAGCAGCAGCAGCAGCUGAACGGACACCUGCACAAAAGUCCCCUCUCCAGACUAGCCAUUCACACGCAGGGAGCGCCGUUGAUUCUCGCCGGUCGAUUUCACAAUCGAGGAAAAAUACACACUGGCAACGCCGUCGGCCUCGGCAACGGCGUUCCCAGCAGCAGCCUCGCGGUUGGUGGUUACGUUCACGCUAAUGGAAACUCAUCGGCGAACUCGAUGAACGGUACGAUGAACAGUACGAUGAACGGUUCAACGAGCGGACCUACGCGAUGUCCAGCGCCACCACGACCCAGGAGACCAAUGGAAUCUACGAAAAAGGUUCAAACAGGAAAUGGAAAGGGGGAUUGUUCGAACGUCUCUAAAGAUUCUACGGGGACAAAUAUUGCGAAUAUCGAUUCGUUGAGUAUCGCUAGCGACGAAAGUUCCGGAUCGAACAAUUCUGAGAAUAGUCUACCCCGCAUCAUAAAACCACGGAAGCGUAGAAAGAAGGAUAGGAAACCUCCGAACGGAGGGAUAACAACGUCAUCGACGGAUGGAAGUUCGACGACAACGACGACGACAACGACGAUAACGGCGGUGGCGACGACGACGACGACGACAACGACGACGACGACGGCAAUGGCGACGAAAUCGGAUGAACCUCAGCAGCAACGAACGAGUCCUAACGCCGUUAACGAACAGUCAGGCGUCGUUAUGCCAUUUAAACCUUACGUAUCAUCUAGCUGUUACGAUCAUCAAAGAUACGAAAGUGGAUCGGCUCAACAGAGAAACCACAGAAGACCACCGAUCGGUAGGGAAAGUGUUUACGGCUCUUGUCGAGCGCAGGUGUCCUCCGUGCAGGCCAUUGCCGACAUCAGGCAACAGAGGUACGCGCAUCGGCACGUGCAAGUGAAAGUGCUGGACGACAACAGAAACGUCGUCGUGCCCGGCACGAUGCGAGCGAUUCAGUCGAAAGCUUAUAGGCCGCACAGUCAUCAUCAUCAUCAUCAUCAUCAUCAUCAUCACGUAGUUAGCAACAACAACAACAACAACAACAACAAAAACAACAACAACAGCGGCAACAACAACAAUAAUAACAAUAAUAACGUUGUGUCUCGUUACAUACAUCAGGAUUACAACGACGCAACGGCAACCUGCGAGGACGGUUUUACCGACGGAUUGGGACUUUGUCAGUGUCGUUAUUGCGAUCCUUCUGGAUUAAUUUGGGACGUAGAUCAAAACGGAUAUUCCCCUUAUCUAACCGCACCAACGUGUAACGAUUUUUGCCCUGCCAAUCACCAAUAUCCUCAACAGACACCAACGAUGUUUCUGUCGCGUGGCUCGUCUCUCGGUUGUCAAGAUCGACAGCAACACCAACAUCAGCAUCACCAGCAACAUCAACACCAGCACCAACACCAACAUCAACAUCAACACCAACAGCAGCAAGUAACAAUCGAGAGAUUAUUCGACGCGGAAUGUUCGCGUAUAACGCGACCAGAACGCGAUGCCUCUAGCACGGUAAUCCUAAGGCGUAGCUGGAGCGAUCCAACUAGCUACUUCAGUGAAGAGAUUACCGCACCCAGUAGAGACGUCGGCGUGAUUGGUGACAGAGGUCAAUCGGAGAACGGCAAACGUUGCGGAGGAACGUUUUGGCACGGUGAUACGACGGCAUCCGCUGGCAUGGCCAACGGCACAGCAAACGUAUCUUCAUCGAACGGUAACUUGGGUAAUUCAGCUAGCUCGCCCUCUCCUAAGGGCCUCGAGGUCUCCACGGAAAUUGUUACUUCGCCGAACGGUCAUCGGGACUUGGAAAUCAAGUUUUAUUCUCCAUCGCCAAAUGCACCGUCGGCAACAAAUGCGAUCGAGGAAGACAAGUCGAUAUUCGUCGAGGAAGACGAGGAAGAUUUCAAUGAUAUUUGGAGUUAUCACGAGUCGAAAUUGCAAAAGGAUUUUCGAAGUUUAUUACAGGCGGAAGAGUGAAGAGGACAAAAAUUAUCGGACGGGCAUGAUCUAAUCUGGUGUUUUAUUUACUUUUAAAGAUCAGAGAGAAAGAGAGAGAGAGAGAGAGAUUAAUAGAGAAAGAAAAAAAAUUAAAAAGAGAGAGAGAGAGAGAGAAAUAAAGAGAGUAUAAAUGAAAGGCCUAUUUCAAGGGGCCAUGAGAAGAUGAUGCUCGACGAGACUCGACUUAGGUAGCGAUCGUGAAAGCCAGUAACGACGAACAGAGAAAAAGCAACGAAACGACGCGUGCCGAACGGCGCGAAGGAGUAGUAGUCGCUUGGUGGGGAGGAGAGAGUUCCUCCUAACGGUGCAAGUAGUAUACACGUAGUGUACGUGACAAGCCUACACGGAGAGGACGGACGACGACUACGACUACGACGACCAUGACGAAGAAGAAGACGAAGAGAAGACGACAAUGACAAUGACGAUGUUCGUUCGUUCGUUCGUUCGUUCGUUCAUUCGUUCGUUCGUUCGUUCGUUCUUUGAUUGCGAACUUUUCGUCGUAGUUUGGCCUCCUUGGGAGAAGAAAUAAUAAAAAUGAAAAUCCAAAAAAGAAAAAGAAGGAAGGAUAAUGCAUAUAAACAUUUAUACAUACAUAUAUGUAUAUAUAUAUAUAUAUAUAUAUAUAUAUGUAUAUAUAUAUGUAUAUGCGUAUAUUUACCCAUAUAUAUGUAUAUAUGCGUGCAUACAUUUACAUACAUACAUUUAUAUAUAUAUAUAUAUAUAUAUGUAUGUAUGUAUAUGUAUGAAAAUCCUUGUUUAUGUCGUUAAAUUAUCACUGUGUUAUUCGAAAAGGGAAAGAAAGCAAAAAAAAAAUACAGCAAAAAGGACAAAAAAAGAAUAUAUAUAUAUAUAUAUAUAUAUAUAUAUAUAUAUAUAUAUAUAUAUAUAUAAAAGAAAAAAGAGCGAACACUUUCCGAGAAAGAAAACACUUCGCUUAGACUUUCACCGUUAACGAAUCCAAACGAGAACGAAACGGUGUUUAAAACGUGAUCUAGUGAUUAAUCGACGAAACGAUUAAGCGAAUGGUCCGGAAUCGCCCCAAGAGGAACAAACGCGCAGCCUCGCCUGUGUCGCCGCCCCGCCCCGCUCCGCCCCGCCCCACCCCACCCUACCCUACCAGCCCUUAUCCCUUCCGCCCUUCCACCCUACCGAGAAUUCACGAAUCGCAUCGUGCAGUCUAACCCGUUUAUGUAUACUACUUUCUCAGCCCUCGUUGUUGUUGUCUCUCUCUCUUUGUUGACGCAAAUUGUCGAUCUCUUUGUGAGGGAACAAAUUAGACGUUCUUUUUCUUUUUCUUUUUCUUUGUUUUUUUCUUUUUUUCUUUUUUCUUGUCCGAUCGUUCAUUUUGAUGUUUCUUUCUUUCUUUUUUUACUUUAUUUUAUUUCAUUUUAUUAUUCUUUUUUAUUUUGUUUCUUCCUCUCUUUUUUCUUUUUUUUUUUUUUUUUUUUUUUUUUUUUCUCCAAUACGAGGAAACGCCUUCGUACUUGCUACGUUGUUGGUUUACGUUAUACCUUUUUUUUUUUCUUUUUUUUUACUAUAUUUUUUGUCAUUUGUUUUUCUACAAGCAAACACGAGAAAAGAGAUCUCUGACGACAUUCGAAAGUCGAUUGAUUUCGUUUAUUCAGAUCGAAUAAUAAUUGUACGUCGGAAGGGUGGAUGGUCUCUUAGCGUUAAUUAUCUUCUCCCUGAUCGUUCAGGUGUCACUCGCAAGACUAUAUAUAUAUAUAUGUGUAUAUAUAUAUAUAUGUAUAUAUAUAUAUACACAUAUACACAUAUAUAUAUAUGUAUACAUAUAUGUUAUGUAUAUGUAUAUAUAUAUAUAUAUAAAUAUGCAUAUGUAUAUGUAUCUUAAAAUUAGAAUAAAAAGUCGGCCCACGGAUUUACACGUGUAUAAACGUAGAACGUAACGUUUUCGUAAACGAAUCGAUCGAAUUUAAAAUCACAUUAAACGUGAUCAAGUUCGUUUCCUUUCGUAAAGUAAAUCCGUGCUGGACGAUUUCCGAUCAUCGAACUUUUGCGACGAGUUCCCGACGAAUUCUCUCGAGAUUUUCGCCCUUUUCUACGCGUCUUACGAGGAUAAGAAAGGGUUUGUGUGUUGCGAAAAAGAUAGAUAGACAGAGACAGAAAGAGAGAGAGAGAGAGAGAGAGAGAGAGAGAGAGAGAGAGAGAGAGAGAUAAAUAGUUUGCGUAUGUGCGUAUACAUGUGUAUGUGUGUGUGCGUAUGUGUGCGAAUGUUUGCGAAUAAAAGAUUGUUUUCUUUUUUGAAAAUGCACAUAAAUGCACGAUUAAAUCUUUAUUUCGUUUAGAUCGUAAGUCUAUAGAUCUUAAGACGCGACCCAACUCUUUUAGAUCGUCUCUGUUGUCUAUAUGUGUAUGAAAGUCGUUCCCGAGAGAAUAGGAGAGAGAGAGAGAGAGAGAGAGAGAGAGAGAGAGAGAGAGAGAGAGAGCGGGGGAGGGGUGGAGACGGAGGAGAAAGAAAAAUAGAAAGAGAUAUUCGAUCGUUGUUGUUGAUGUUGUUGUUGUUGUUAUUGCAAAACGAGAAAGUGUGAAAAAUCGAUUGAGGGCAACGUACUUAUCAGUUAAGUGCAGUUAAAUGCAUAUAUUUCUCUCUCGCUGAUCUCCUGGAUAAAAAACGAAUUAAAAAACGAGACUAAAGAGAAAAAGAAAAAAAAAGAGAAAAAAAAAAGGAAAAAGAAAAAAAAAAGAAAAAACAAAAAGAAAAAAAGAAAAAAGGAAAGAGAGAAAAAGAGGGAAAAGAAAAGAGAAAAAGGAAUAUAUUUAAAAAGGGAAAAAUUGUUUCGUACGUACGUAGCAAGUUUUAUUGCUAAUAACAAUUGAUUUGUGAUGAUCGAAGGGAAAAUAUUAUCUUUUAUAUUUUUGUUGGGAACUCGCUAUUACGUGAGGGAAAGAAAAUUAAAGGAAUAUGUUAAAUUACGAUCAGAGGAAUGGGAAAAUAUAAAAGAUUGAACGAAACAAAACGAGAAAUAUAAAUAAAUAAAUGAAUAAUUGAAUGAAUAAAUAAAUAAAUAAAUAAAUAAAUAAAUAAAUGGAUGAAUGAAUGAGUGAAUAAAUAAAUAACGAUGAAAGCUCGAGCCUUUUUUUUUUCGAGCUUCGCCGACAAAUAAAAUAAAAACAUUGAAAGAAAAAAAGAUACGAAACAAAUGUAAUUGAUUAGAACUCGUUUCAUUCGGGAAUGUAUAUGUGUAUAUGGAAAAAUUUGGAAAUAAUUGAUCGAUAUUUUGUUUUCACUUCUUUUCUUUUCUUGUUUUUCGUUUUUGUUUCUCUCUCUCUCUCUCUCUCUCUCUCUCUUUCUCUUUCUCUCUCUCUAUCUCUUUUACAUUUUCAUCGAUAAUUGUAAGCUUUUCUCGGUGAUGAUAUUCCUGCAAUUAGCGAUUAGUUUCGAGAGCGAGCUUUAUUAUCGGAAUGGAGAAAAGCGAGAAAUCCAUUUUUCUUUCUUUUUCAAUAUUUUUUUUUUUUUGGACGUUCCUUCGACUUCCGGCGAAUUGUCACUUUCUCUUAUUUCACGUUGCUUCUUUCUUUUUUUUUUUGUUGUUGUUUAUUUUAAAAACAUGACAGAGCGAGAGAGAAAGAAAGAGAAAGGGAAAGAGAUGUGCAUAUAUAUAUAUAUAUAUAUAUAUAUAUAUGUGUAUACACACACACGCAUACACGCAGAGACAGCAGACUUAACAAACGUUGCGAUUUGGCUUACGUAUCCGCGCUUUUCGCUUUCUGAUCUCCGAACGAUGGAGGAAAGAGGGAGAGAGACAAAUAGAUAGACGGAGAUAAAGUGAGAGAGAGAGAGAGAGAGAGAGAGAGAGAGAGAGGGAGAGAGAGAGAGAGAGAGAGAGAGAGAGAGAGAGAGAGAGAAGAGGGGAGGAAAAGAAUCAUGAAAAAUCUCGGAUGAUCAUUGACGUAGAAGAAAGAUCAUUCAUAUUCCCUUUUCCUUAUUUUUUACUAAACGUAUACUCGACGUACUCCGAAUUCUGUGUCCCUCUUUCUUCCGAAGUGAUUAUGUUCUUCUCUGUUUUUUUCUUCUUUUUUGUAAUUUAUUUCGAACGCCGUUCACGCAAAAUCGCAAGAUAUUGUGAUGAUGAUGAUGAUGAUGAUGAUGAUUGGGCAAUUAUAAAGAAGAACAAAUUCGAACGAACACAAUGAUGUAAACGAGAUCAAAUUCGUUCGCGAUUAGCUUCGUUUUAUUCCGAGAGAGAGAGAGAGAGAGAGAGAGAGAGAGAGAGAGAGAGAGAGAGAGAGAGAGAGAGAGAGAGAGAAAGAGAGAGAGAGAGAGAGAGAGUGUCGUCUCUACGUCUUAUCGUCUUAGUGCUUUAGUAGCACUAACGCUCAGAAUACGUUGUUCGAGAGAGAAGGAAAAGUCAAUAAAACUAUCUUCAAUUUUA